AUGGAUCAUAGCUCUCUGUGGCGACGUGAGGAUUCGUCCACGGAGCAAUUUCUGAAGCUCAUUCAGGAUCCUUUUAAAUCGGCUUUUCAAAUCAACGCCGUCUGGGCUUCGUUGGGCACUUCUGUUGGUUCCUCUAUCCUCCUCGCCUUACUCUUCUCGCUGUUUCGGCCUCGACAUACAGUUGUCUAUGCCCCCAAGGUUAAACAUGCAGAUCUCAAGCAUAGCCCUCCCCCGGUUGGAAAAGGCUUCUUAGCCUGGGUUAAGCCGGUUCUGCGCACGAGAGAACCUGAGCUCGUCGACUGUAUUGGCCUCGAUGCCACCGUAUUCCUGCGAUUCACCAAGAUGUGCCGGAACAUCUUCAUCUUUCUUAGUAUCAUCGGCUGCGGUGUUAUGAUCCCUCUCAACCUCACUCAGAGCAACAAAGAUUCUAAGUCGAGGCUGCCUGCUUUCGUGACCAUGACCCCGCUCUAUGUCUCGGUCCAAGCCAUUUGGGGCCAGGUUGUCUGCGCUUGGGCCUUCGACUUUAUUGUCGCUUUUUUCCUUUGGAGGAAUUACAAGGGUGUCUUUGCUCUGCGAAGAAAAUAUUUUCAGAGUUCUGAUUACCAGCGCAGCCUUCAUGCCCGGACAUUGAUGGUCACUGAUAUUCCGGCGGCAGCGCGAUCGGACGAGGGUGUUAUGCGCCUGGUCGACGAUGCGAAUCCCACCGCUGCUUUACCCCGAGCCACCAUCGGCCGCAACGUCAAAGGUCUUCCAAAUCUUAUUAAGGACCAUGAGGAAACCGUUCGCCAACUUGAGUCGGUAUUAGCGAAAUACCUCAAAAAUCCAGAUCGACUGCCGGCGAAGCGACCCAAGAUACGCCCUCCCCGUAAAGAAAAAGGCGAUGAGACGCCUGGCAAGGUCGAUGCGAUUGAUUACCUGACUGAGCGGAUUCAGUUGCUAGAAGAGGAAAUCCGACAUGUUCGAGCCUCGAUCGAUAAACGAAAUGCCAUGCCGUUCGGUUUCGUCAGUUGGGAGAAGAUUGAACAUGCCCACGCCGUGGCUUAUACUGCAAGAAAAAAGCGACCUCAGGGAACGACAGUCCGUUUAGCUCCACGGCCGCAUGAUCUCAUCUGGGAGAAUCUGUCACUGUCAAAACAGGCGCGGAAAUGGAAACGUUUUGUCAACGUCAUUUGGGUCUCAAUUUUGACCGUGUUGUGGAUUGCUCCUAACGCCAUGAUUGCCAUCUUCUUGUCCAAUUUGAACAACCUGGGUCUGGUCUGGCCGGCUUUUCAGACGUCCCUCAGUGGUAGCCCAGUCGUCUGGGCUGCUGUCCAGGGUAUUCUAUCUCCCGCUGUUACGUCCUUGGUGUACAUUAUCCUACCCAUCAUCUUCCGCCGGCUGUCCAUUCAAGCUGGUGACGUGACGAAGACUGCGAGGGAAAGGCAUGUCCUCCACCACCUUUAUUCAUUUUUUGUCUUCAACAACUUUGUUGUUUUCUCUCUCUUUUCAGCUGCGUGGACAUUUAUUGCGGCUGUGAUAGACAAGCAGGAGAAUGAGAAUGCUUGGCAAGCUUUGGUCGAUGGGGGCUUCUACACUAAGGCUGUGAAUGCGCUGUGCAACGUGUCUCCCUUCUGGGUUACCUACUUGUUACAGAGGAAUUUAGGAGCGGCGAUCGACCUCGUUCAGCUAGUUCCCCUGGUUUGGGUUUGGUUCUCCAAGACCUUCCUGGCACCAACACCGCGACAGGCAAUCGAGUGGACAGCCCCGCCUUCAUUUGAAUACGCAAGCUACUAUAACUAUUUCUUGUUCUACGCCACCGUCGCUUUAUGCUUUGCAACUUUGCAGCCCAUUGUUCUUCCCGUUACAGCUCUCUAUUUCGGAUUGGACGCGAUGAUGAAGAAAUAUUUACUGAUGUACGUGUUUGUAACGAAGAACGAAUCCGGCGGCCAAUUCUGGCGAGUUGUGUUCAACCGUAUGGUCUUUGCAGCCAUUCUAUCCAACGUCGUCGUCGCGCUGGUGGCUACGGCUAGAGGCACCUGGACUAUGGUAUUCUGCGUGAUCCCAUUACCGUUCCUGUUACUGGGAUUCAAGAUUUACUGCAUGCGGAAAUUUGAUAUUGACAUGAAAUAUUACAACCGUGCGAACCUCAGCGAUGCGGAGGCCUUGGAGGCUGGAAAGUCGAGCAAAAAGGUGUCUGAUCGUCUAAGUUCCAAGUUUGGCCACCCGGCGCUCUACAAGCCGUUGAUCACGCCGAUGGUACAUGCUAGGGCCGCCGAUGCGUUGAAGCGCAUCUACCGGGGUCGCCUCGGCACCUUGGAAGUGGAGGGUGAGUACACAGACAUUGCGAUGGAUCCUAUGUCGGCCUCGCAUCCAGGCAAAUCAAAGAUGGAGACAUUGGGAUCCGCUCCGUUCGAGGUUGUUCCUGAGAAUCAUCUUGACUUUUCCUAUUUCAAGGACCGGCCGGAUUUCCGGGACGAGUUUGGGGGCGGGAUCUACGGCCGGCCGGAAGAUUUGAUGACUGAACGCUCGCAGACGCCGCGGAGCGGACUAGGAGAGUGGUCGCCAACCUCAUCACGUGCAGCGUCGCCGGCACCAUCCCUUCCGUCCAUAUCCGGGUUGAGGCAAUAUGAGGGCUAUGACACGAGUACCAACGACCUCGUCCAUCCUGCGUUCCGCACUCCACUGUCUCGAGCAGAUAGUGGCCCUGUGGGCAGCGGACUUUAUCAGCAUGGCGAUGAGAGUGAAGCAGGGCUACUCAGUCAGGCGCAAGGACCAGCAAUGACAGAUACCGUUCCACCAUUUAAUCGGUGGCGGCCCGGAGGAUAUGGACCUGUGGAGCAGGAAGAUCCCAGAACCUCAUACGACUACUACCGCAGACCACGAUGA